UUUUCCUCAUCCUACCCACUCCACCUACUCUCCUUACCCAUUUCCUUCUCCUACAAGUCUAAGCUACUCCCCAUACCCAUUUCCAAGCUUUUUAUUUUUAUUUUUUUUAUCAUCUUUCUCUACUCUCCUCUCUUCACUUUUUUUUUCUUCCCUCCAUCAUUUCUUCUUUGGGCUCCCUUCCAGCAUCCUUCUCUACUCUCCUCUCUUCACUUUUUUUUCUUCCCUCCAUCAUUUCUUCUUUGAGCUCCCUUCCAACAGCACAACCACUCCACGACCCACACACCAUACACGACCAACCCCCUUUUUCUCUUCCAUUUUUUCCUUCCUCCCCACAAACCCUCUAGGGCCACACCCAUUGAAAAAGCCCAUUGCCACACGCCCUCCCUGCUUCCAUUUCUUCUUCUUCCCUUCCCCAUUUCUUUUUCUUUUGGUUUCCCAUGAAACCCAUCUUCAUACCCAUAGUCGGUUGGUCAUCGUCGACGAGUUGCCACAGAGCACCAAGGGACCAGCAUGUGUAGGAGCAAGGGACCACCGUGUGUAGGGGCAAGGGACCACCGUGUGUAGGGGCAAGGGACCACCGUGUGCGGCGAAAAGGGACCACUGUGUGGGGCAAUCAACUAGUGUGACAUCUGCGGCAAGCAACUAGUGUGAGGUUUGCAAUAGGAGCUCUUUGUGCUGCAUGGGUCUUGACGAUGAAUGAGCAAUGGUGCAGUCGGUGAUAGUCGGUGGCAAUCAAUGAUGAUGGCGAAAAGAACUGGCGACAAUAAAUAUGGUGAUGGGUUUAGAAUGAUGGAGGUGGUCUCAACCUUUUGCAUAUGUGCAACACGUAGACACAUUCUAGGCCAACCUUUUUCUAAGCCACAAGAUACACGCAGGGGUUACAGUACUCUUCCCAACUCAUAUUUAUUGAUCACACAACAUGGUACAAGAGGUUGUCUGGCAAGGACUCGCACACUAAGCAUCGGCUCGAGAAGAGCUGACAGUGGGUUUUUGGAGUGGGGGAUGGUUUCUAGAGGAACCAAGCAGCAUGGGAUGUGUGGCAAGGAUUACCAACUCGCCAUGGUGGUGGUUGAGGGUGGUGACGUUUUCACUGGACCAAGAGUAGUGAAGCUGGUUGUAGCUUAUAGGAGAAGGAAGAAAUAGGGGACGGGAAGCUAAAAAAAAGUUGGGAGAGCUAGACGAAGUGGGGGGCAGCUUGAGAAAAAAAAUAAUAUAUUGGAGUAAGGAGAAGAGAACCAGAAAGGAGAGGAGGAUUGGGUACUAAAAGGAAAGCAUGGUGAAGUUCAGUAAGUUUUGUUGCUUAGAGGAUUUCUCAGGUGAUGUCACGGCCCAAAUUCCAGGCGACCUAAAUUUUAGCCCAUGACCCCAGGUUAAAGGUUUGACCCUAAGGGUUCCUCCUAAUCCACGUUGACAGUCAAUCAAAACAUUAUGAUUUUUUCUACACAUACAUCACACUAGAGUUCCCACCAACUAAUAA